CCAGUUGUUUUCAAAAUGCAUCCUCAUGCUCAUUGUGCUUCACCUGCAAUUCAGAUGUAAUGCAUAAUUUUCCGCGUCAUUUUGACUCCAAUGACGAGAUCGAGGAUGCCAUAGUGGAAAACAUAAACUUGGGAAAUGAUAAGAUGACCCAUUCCAUGACAGAGGGACGAAAUACGCUUUGGGAUCGUGAAUUUCCGCCUGCCCAAAGUCCCAUCUCCCAAACAAGAUUUAUUCCAAAGGAGUUCUUGGACAAGAUUAUCAACAUCCCCGAGGAAUUCAAAGACUCUUUCGGUCGCGUGAUAAAGCAAGUCAUUUCUUCUUGUGAGCGUUUUUCUAACGCGAUCACGAAUAGGUUCAAGCAUGACGGUGCCACAGAAAGACUCCUGAAGACAAUGGAGUGGGGCCAAACCCUGGUGGAUAUUUGGCAAUUUAGUUCUGGCGUACUGCCCACCAGAGAAUCACUUUGGAAGCAAGAGGAUUGGCUCGACACUCUGGUAGCCCCCUUAUUCAAGGAUGGAGCAGACCCUGAUUCCAAUUGGACCAAAGUUCGAAAUCAUCUUGGUCAGCAAGCGACAUUCAAUGCCCAAUCACUUUUGGAGAAAGGUCAAAAACGAGGUAAGAGGACCAAAACUGCAGAAGAGAUGACAUUAACCAGGGUGCAGCAAAAGAAUUUGAAGUCAUUUCUUCAAUCCAGCAAACUUAUUUUGGCCACAUUUUUUGUGGGCCAAGCUUUGGGCCUGGCCAGUCCUCAAAGUGAGUCCUUGGUCCAAAAGAAUGGGACCUUAAUUGGCGACGUGUUUGAGAAGGACGUAUUUAAGGUCCUCAAAGACGUCAAGGACAAGUAUCCGAAAUGGAUCACCAUCUUUUGCGGUUUGGAAGUGUUGGGAGUCGAGCAAUGCAGGAACGAAUUCGAUUUCCUCAUUUUUCUGGGUCAAGCACAGACAAUCAUCUACGUAGAGUGUAAAUACACUCUCCGUGACGAGAUUGCCAAGAAGAUCCAGAAGCAGUCCGCCAACGCCUUCCACUAUCUCAAGAAGCAUCUUCCAGUCAAAGAAGGCUGGGAGUUCCUGACUUGGGCUUGUUAUGAGGAGCAAACCCAAUGCUCUAUUUGCUCCAGUUGUCAACCGUUCUUGGUGACAAUAUCGACCUUGGGAACAGCUUUGGAUCAAGUAAUGAAGGGAAAUGACCUGCACACAAUAGACGAUGAAGCCCAAAGGGUUUACGAAAAUCUGGUCAAGACAUACCUUUUUCACGCUUCGACGAAUAAGCAGUUAUUCGAGAGUGACCGCGUGUCCAAGCAUCAAUUAAAAACGCUCGGUUUCCCCAGCCAAGACAUCAUAUUGUGGAAUCUGAAUCAGUUGACAGUGCUCCAGAAGGAUCCUCGUCGAAUGAUCUUGAAGAGUCAUGGCACGUUUGGCACGGGUAAAACUGAGCUUCUGAAGACCAAAAUGGCCAAAUUGGCCGAGAAGCCAAGAAAUUGUGUUGCAUUUUUGGCUGCCAGGAAAUCUGCCUUUGCCUAUACAAAUGCGUUACUCCUGACGAAAUGGCUUCAAUUCCAAUUUAGAUUACAAUCAAAUGUGAAGGCUGCAGAGCUCAAGCCUGGGCAAAAAAUUGAACAGGUUCUCAUCAAAAUGUUCCCAGAUUGCCACAAGGAUCCAAAUCAAAUCCACGUUUUUAUUGAUGAGGCUUCAAAGGAUAACCGGGAUCAAAUUUUUGAAUUCCUCGCUAGUCUUCCCAAAGAGUCAGAAAAUAUCAUUUGGAUUGUUGAUAAAGACGCAGAGGAAAUGGAAAUACCUCCGGAGCAAGAUUUUGUGAUCGAGAAAGGCUUAGUUUUGAAUUUGCGCAAUUCCGAAGACGUUCAAAACACCAUUCCUUUCAUUGCGGAAAAUCAAUCACCAUUCUUGGACUAUGAUGACGAAGAGGUUGCCCAAAGAAUGUGCGUGGAAUUGAAGAAAGAACAUGAGGCAAAGCAAAUCUUGAUCUUGGCAGAAAGCGCAAAGAUUGCACUCAAAAUAAGGGACAUCUUGGCAGGAGAAGAACUACACGUGAUGUGCUACGGAUUCCAUCAGACGGGGGAAGAUUGCUCCGACGCAGAUCUGGAUAAGUUUUGGGACGCAACAAACCAUGAGGAAAGCCAAAUUCUUGUGACAAAAGAAGAUCUAGUCGAGGGAAUUGAAAGUCAAAUGGUUCUUUUUCACGAACUUCAUGACGUUGAUGACGGAUCAACUCAUUUUCGCGCCAAAGCCAUUCUGAGAACGGGAUUUCUCAAUCAAAUUGCUCAUCCCGCACUUCAUAGGAAAUAUCAAGUGCCGAUAUUAAAAGCUGAUGAUGAAGAGUGGACUAGAAGUGUCGAAAACUUUGAUGAAUUCGAAAUUGAUCGUUACGCCAAACUGGUUCCUGGACCUGAAUGGACAAAUGUGCUCUCCUACAUUUACUAUUAUUACUCCUUGGAUGAAUUCCGCGCUGAAUAUUUGGAUAGACAUCCAAAAUUAGGAAGGAAGACAACCAUCAAGCAAUACAACGUGAUACAAGAAAAAUCAAAUAAGUCUGACAACUUCAGUUAUCCAUUACUGCUUCGGCUGCAAAUUCCGGAUGAAUGGAGAACAAGCUAUUGGAUUGAAUUGAAAGGCCAACCUGUUCCAAAAGGACAUCCUUUAGCAUCCAGGUUGGAACGUGAAGUUGUGGAUGUUGUUGAACUCGUCUUGAGUAAGCUGGUCUGGAAAUGGAGUGCCUGGGGACCCAAAAAUAAGGGCAGGAUUGCUUGGAGUGAUAUCUUGAUUGCCGAGAUUUUUCGGUCAUAUCGCCUUAACGUGGAUUUGGCUCCGUUUUUUGACUUUCACCGCUUAUUCUCGAUGUGGUCACGCAUCUGGGAAGAACUCAACCAAAAUCAACUUCAUAGGGAUAGCCGGGAAUUGGAUUCCGAAUCAUACGACCGAUUCCGCAAGGAUUUAUUGGACAAGUGCCUUAAAAUCCGGGUGACCAUGGCUCAGAGUGAUCUCCACAAGAUCAUAACGAUCUUGGCCUCGUAUGUUACCGACCCUCAAUUUGGGCAUUGGAGUCUGAUCAAGAUUCUCCUCUCAAACCUCCUGUUGAUGAACCAAAAUUUUGGCCAAGACACUCCCAAGCACCGCACUGUUCUUGGGGAAUCCUUUGGCGAUAUGGCCAGAAGCGCUCAAGUAGCUACGGAUCCAAGUAUGGAAUCUUAUUGGGAAGACAUUGUUGUGCCUGACACGACAGAUUCACAGUCACAAUCCAGAAGCUCAAGAUUGCAGCGAUACUUGAAUCAAUUCCACAAAGAAUCGGACAUUGCCAAAUUGCGUCAGCAAUUGAAAAAGACAGGCAAUUUUGAGGAUCGAGUGGCUUUGUCAAAACUUCACAUGCCGUUGGUGGACAUUCUUUGGCAAGAGUCAACAUUCGUUGUUUGGCGGAAGGUUCUCUUUAAAAACUUCCCCCAUUGUGUCCAGGAGUCUUGGUUUCAAGAACUGACCUCAUUUCAAAAACAGCUUGAAGUACGAAAAGAUGAUUUGAUUCAAGCCCGUGGUUCGAAAUCCCUGUUCAUUCAACCAAUGGAUGAGCUCGUAGAGUCAUUGGAGCAACAACAACCAAGUGACAAAACGGAAGUAGAACCAAUAUUGACUGCAGCCUUAAUUUUCCUCGUGCGGCAACCAAAUUGCAGGCAUUCAAAAUGGCUAACAACAUGGUUGGGUUGUCGACGCAUCUAUUAUUACAUGAGACAGAAAUCUUUGAAUGGGAAACGACCUAAGUGAGAUCCUUUGUAAUCCUACAAGAUCCAAGACUCUAUUUCACCAACUGUCCCGAGAAGAGAACGUGAACAUAACAACGUCAAGAGAAAGAGGAUCAUUUCUGUAUAAGCAUGUUUCCACUUUGUGGCGUUGUUAAAUACAUGUGAUUUCAUUUUAGCCAGAAGGAUCAAAUGAACGUGUGGGGUUAGAUCCUGAUUGGUCCACGAGUUUCCUUGUUGAUUGAUGUGGAUGUUUAUGUGUUUACGAGAUUGUCAGACGCUUAUUCUCACACUAUAAAUGAAGAUGUCGGUCGCUUA